CCAGCGCGGCGGCAUCUGAUGCUGGACGCUCCCAAAAAACUUGCGCAAAGGCUUUUCCUGUUUUUUCCCAACCUUGUUAUAUCUUCUACUGAAGCACCACAAAGCUAAUUCAGAGUGUGGUUGUUUUUCUAUUUCGUCUUUAGCUCGCAGGACGCAGGUGGCUUGAAAACUGGGACAAGUGCUAUUUAGUUUGACGAGGAUGGCUGCGGUUCUCUAGACAACUGCCUCCUGGCGGGAUGCGAUGAUGUGAUCGUGGAUUUCCAGCAGAUACUAUAUACUUUACCUUUUCUGUACGCUUUUUUUUGAAUAUUCCUGUUGCAGUGAGGAUGGAUGCACUUUUUGGUCAUUCCACAAAGGUAGGUCACACAAAGUGACAAAUCCACCAAUCAAGUAGCAGACUGUACUCAUUCGGCAGGUUGCUGAUUAGUAGGGUGACUGCGUGAUGUGAGAGCCAUGAUGCCUCAUCUGAGGGGAAUUAUGCGCCCUCUUCCUCUUCUUUUACAUCAUGUUUGCUUUCUCCUCACCCACCCCAUCCCAUUGCUCCAUGGCCAGUUAUUGUCCGAGGCAAGGGCUGGACAGGGCCUGCUGCUCUUCACUCAGCCUGCCUACAACGCCUCCAUGUAUGAGAACUCCGCAGCCAGAACCUACACCAGCAGUGAGGUCAAAAUGGGGAUCGCUCUGGGGCCACCGUCCCGAUCCUUUGAAGUCCAGUUUUCGAUUGAAUCCGGUGACAGCGAGGGAAUCUUCCAGGCUGAGGACUUUGCGAUGGGAGAUUUCUGUUUCCUCCGCAUUCGCACAAACAGCGGCGCCAUGUUGAACCGGGAGGUACAAGACAAUUACACGCUGACGGUCAAGGCGUCCGCCCAGGGAGGCCUGGAGGCGCUGGCUACUGUUUAUAUAAAAGUCCUGGACACUAAUGACCUGCGACCACUCUUCUCCCCAACCUCCUACUCCUUUCUGGUGUCCGAGAGCGCCCAGCUGGGCGCCAGCAUCGGCCGCGUGACGGCCACUGAUGCCGACUUGGGCUCCAAUGGGCAGUUUUACUACUUCUUCAAGAACAAAGUGGAGCUCUUCGCCGUGCACCCGACCAGUGGUGUGAUCACACUGACAGGCCAGCUCCGGAUGGAUAAGCAAGAACGCUUUGAGCUAGAGGUGCAGGUGGUGGACAGGGGUAUGAAGCUCUACGGCAACAACGGCAUCAGCAGCACCGCCAGACUUGUCAUUACCGUCAUGCAGCUCAAUAAGUUUGCACCUGUUCUCAGGGCGCUUGCCGUCAUUCCGUCCUGGACUGACAGGAACCCGGUUGUUGCCAAAGUGACGGUGAAGGAUAAAGAUGAGGGGGCAGGCGGGUACAUAGAGUCGGUGUCCAUCAUUGAUGGUGAUCCACUUGAACAGUUUGUGAUUGAACGAUCGCCUCUGGGGGAUGAGUACUGGGUGAGGGCGUCACAACGGGUGGACUGGAGCAAAUACCCUUACGGCUGCAACCUAACCUUCCAGGCUAAAGACAGAGGAUCUCCUCCGAAGUCUUCUAACACACAAGUGGUUCAGUUGCUCGUCUCAAAGCCAGAACCCGUAUUAGGGAAUUUUGAGAAAGACGUUUAUGAAGUUGUGCUGAGUGAAAUUGCUCCCCCGGGGACUUUUGUAGAGGUGGUAAGAAUCUCCCCUCCCCCCACAAGCGUCAAUUACAGCUUCAGAAGCCUCUCAGAACUAAUGUACUUUGAUAUAAAUCCGUUAAACGGCGUUAUUAUGACCUCAAGGCAUCUGACAAGGAUAUCGCAGAUUUUCAUGGAGAUGGAAGUGCUGGAUGCUGUCAGCCAGCUGAGGGCAAAGGUCCGAAUCACCAUCGAGGACGCUAAUGACAACUCUCCAGUGUUCAGCCGGCCGUUUUAUGACAUUUCCGUCAAUGAAAGCUUAGCUGUUGGUGCUGUUGUUCUUGUCGUGUCCGCUGUGGACGAUGAUAAAGGAGAGAAUGGCUACAUCACUCACAUAAUCAGCAGCCGGCAGCGGCUACCUUUCACCAUAGACCAGGACACAGGGGAGGUCAGGAUCACACAAGACCUGGACUUUGAGUCAUCAGAAGAAAUCUAUACGUUUGUGGUGCGGGCCUCAGACUGGGGUUCACCCUACAGACGAGAAACUGAGGUCAACGUAACCAUUCGUUUGAUAAAUAUAAAUGACAACGCGCCUGUCUUUGAAAGGGUUUCGUGCCGAGGAAUGAUAGGUCGGGAUUUCCCUCUCAGCCAGACAAUUGUAACGCUGUCGGCUGUGGACAUGGAUGAACUGGGAAUGGUGAAGUAUAAGAUGGUUUCAGGAAAUGAGAUGGACUACUUUAACUUGAACGCAGAGUCUGGCGCUUUGUCGCUGAAGAGAUCGUUAGCAACUGCAAAUUUAAAAAACGGGAUGUUCAACUUGAAAAUAGUCGCCACAGAUGGAGAGAUGUUCUCUGAACCGAUGUUUGUGAAUGUGUCGGUAGUCAGGGGCUCAUCGCCGCCCAGGGGGCUUAGCUGUAAGGACACUCAGGUGGCCCAGAUGAUGGCGGAGAAAAUGCUGUCAAAGGCCUCGGCUAUGGCUCAAGCAAGACAAGAGGAGAGAAGUCCAGACAUUUUCUCUACAAACAAACAUGCUCCGCAGUUUGAGGCCUUGCCGACGAGUAUUCUAGUCCGGGAGGACCUUGCGCCUGGAGCUAGCGUAUUCCAGGUGAGGGCGCGUGACAGUGACGUGGGCUUCAACGGCCGCAUUCUCUUUUCCAUAUCAAACGGCAACAAAGAGAACUGUCUAACCAUCAACAUGGACAACGGCUUGCUGACUGUCUUGCAGCCGCUUGACCGCGAGCGAACCGACCGCUACUUCCUCAACAUCACCAUCUACGAUCAGGGUGUCCCUCAGAUGUCCAACUGGAGGCUCCUGACUGUCAUUGUGGAGGACGCCAAUGACAACGACCCACAGUUUACCCAGGACACCUUCUCCGCUCUUGUCGCUGAAAACGCUCCUGUGGGUUCUCAGGUUAUCGCCAUCACUGCGUUUGAUAAGGACGCGGGGCAAAAUGCACAGCUGUCCUACAUUCUGCUGACCAGUGUCCCUCAUUUCGGCAUUGACAGCGAGACGGGGAGUGUUUUUGUGGCCAACCACUUGGACAGGGAGAGCUUCCCUACGUUCACGCUGAAGAUCGAGGCCAGAGACAAGGCUGAAAGAGGCAACAGGAGGUCAUCUGUGACCACUUUGAACAUAAUAGUGGAGGACGUCAAUGAUUGUGCGCCAUCCUUUAUCCCGAGUACUUACAGCACUCGAGUACCAGAGGACCUCCCGCCAGAGGCUGUCAUCAUGUGGGUGCAGGCCAAGGACCCAGACGUCGGCCCUGGUGGUCAAGUCAAAUACUCCUUGUCCAAUGACUUCAAUGGCACAUUUGAGAUGGACUCAACGAGCGGAGUGUUGAGGAUCAGGAAGGAGCUGGACUUUGAGAAGCAACAGUUUUAUAACCUCACCUUGUUGGCCGAAGACAGGGGAAAGCCCACCCACAGCAGUCAGACACAUGUGGAGGUGGAGCUGGUGGAUGUCAAUGAGAAUUUGUACGCACCGUACUUCUCUGACUUUGCCAUGAGAGGCUCAGUGAAGGAGAACUCUCGAGCAGGAACGAGCGUUCUUGUGGUGGACGCUAAGGAUGACGACAGAGGGAGGGACGGCGCGUUGAAGUACUCCAUCAGAGGAGGCAGCGGACUCGGCGCCUUCACCAUUGACGAAGACACAGGGGUGAUUUACACUGCAGGCAUCCUGGACUGUGAGAGCAAAGACUCCUAUUGGCUGACAGUCUAUGCUACAGACAGAGGGGUCUCGCCCCUGUCAGCCUCUGUUGAGGUCUUCAUCCAGGUGGAGGACGUCAACGACAACGCGCCGCUCACCUCCGACCCCAUCUACCACCCGGUUGUCAUGGAGAACUCGCCCAAGGAUGUGUCCGUCAUCCGCAUCCAAGCGCAGGACCCCGACCUCACCGCCACGCCCAGUCGUCUGAGUUACCGCAUCACCGCUGGCAACCCUCAGAACUUCUUCUAUAUCAACCCAAAGACAGGCUUGAUCACAACAACAGCGAGGAAACUGGACAGAGAACAGCAAGCGGAACACUUCCUGGAGGUGACAGUCAUAGAUGGGCCGGUGACCACCCGCCAGUCCACCGUGUGGGUCAUGGUCCACGUGGAGGACGAGAACGACAACCCGCCCGUCUUCCCCGAGGUCACCUACCGCAUCAGCUUGCCCGAGCGGGACCGCAACAGACGGGGUGAGCCGGUCUACCGCGUCUUUGCGCACGACCGUGACCUGGGCGCCAACGCCAACGUCAGCUACAGCAUCCUGGAUGGCAACCCGGACGAGACGUUCGGCAUCGACCCCCGUACCGCCAUGGUGUCGUCCAAGAAGGCGGUACCGGCGGGACACUACCAUGUCCUCACUAUCAAAGCGGAGGACGGCGGCGACCCCCCUCUGUGGUCCACCGUCAAACUCCACGUGGAGUGGAUCCGCAAGCCCACUCCCUCGCCGCUGCCCCUGCUGUUCACGCAGCGCUGCUACAACUUCUCCGUAGCGGAAACAGCCGCCGUGGCCCAGCCUGUGGGGGUGGUGGCCGUGGGACAGUCCAACACCCCCGUCUGGUUCAACAUUGUCGGUGGACGAGUGGCAAGAGAAAUGUUCUACAUUCCGCAGAAUGCAUGCGGUAGAAACUGCUCGCUCGACACAGGAAGCUUCGACAUGCAAUUUGACCUCCAAGUGGGGGUGGGGACUCUGGUGGUGGCCCGCCCGCUGGAUGCUGAGGUGCAGACCGUGUACAACAUGACGGUGCAGGUGACUGAUGGCACCAGCGUCGCCACUACGCAGGUUUUCAUCCGCGUCCAAGACAGCAACGACAACCCUCCGGUCUUCUCCCAGCCGGCUUACGACAUCAGCGUGUCAGAGGACGUCCCGGUGGACACGGAGCUGCUGCGUGUCAGGGCGUCGGACAUGGACGAGCGCAGCCGCCUCAGCUUCUCCAUCUACGGCAGCGUGGACCCGGCCAGCAUGAGGCUGUUCAGGGUCAACCCAAGCACGGGUGUCGUGUACACAGCAGACCGACUAGACUACGAGGCUCGAACACAGCACAUCCUUACUGUCAUGGUCAAAGAUCAGGAGUUCCCAUUCAACCGGGACCUGGCCCGGAUCCUGGUGGCAGUGGAGGACUCAAAUGACAACAUUCCGUACUUCACCAGCACCAUUUAUGAUGCUGUGGCCUAUGAGUCUUCUGCCGUCGGCACGUCAGUGCUGCAAGUCACGGCACUGGACAAAGACAAUGGCAUCAAUGGACAACUCACCUACACCAUACAAGCAGGCAACACUGGGGGUGUGUUUGGCAUCAAUAACAACACAGGGCUCAUCUUCAUCGCCAAGGAGCUGGAGCUCACCUCCGUGGGCUUUUACACGCUCACCGUGCAAGUCACCGACAACGGAUUUCCUCCGCUAAUGGCCUCGUCUUCUGUCCGUGUCUCCUUGAUGCUCUCCGACUUGUCCAAACCAAAAUUCUCCCAGAAGGAGUAUCAAGCGGAGAUUAUGGAGAACAGCACCGUGGGAACUUACGUGACCGCCGUUAGCGCACUGAGCCGCUCAGCACUGGUUUAUGACAUCACCAGGGGCAACGAGGAAAACUGCUUCUUCAUUAAUCAUCACACUGGUGUCAUCAGCACACGCACACUCUUUGACUUUGAGAAAACACCAUCCUACUUCCUCUUGGUUCAUUCUUUAAGCAUGGCGGGCGUGGAGGCCAGCGCCACAGUCGUGGUGCAGGUGGGGGACGUCAACGAUAAUGCUCCUGUCUUCCAGCAAUUAAGGUACGUGGGGUCCAUCAGUGAGGCAGCCCCAGUCAACAGUGUGGUUCUGGCGGAUGACGGCAACCCUCUGGUCAUCCGGGCAACGGACGCCGACAGCAGUCACAACGCCCUGCUGGUGUUUCAGAUUAUAGACGAGACCGCUCGCAUGUUCUUCAGCGUGGAUCCAGGGACUGGAUCCAUCCGGACCAUUUCCAGUGUGGAUUACGAGACCUUCCCAGAGUUCGUCUUCAGAGUUCAUGUUAGCGACAGUGGCCAGCCUCCAAAAAGUGCUGAGAGCCCUGCUGAGGUGUUCAUAAAGGUCAUCAACAUCAACGACUCGCCCCCAAAGUUCUCUCAGGACAUGUACGAGACCAUCCUCCUGCUGCCAACCUACAUGGGUGUUGAGGUUCUGCGAGUUGAAGCGUUUGAUCCAGACAUGACAACGGAGCCUAACCACUCCCACACCCAUCAGCUGGCCUACUCUCUGGUGGACCGAAACCUGGAGCAUUUCACCAUGGACCGCGGCAGUGGGGUUGUAACGGUCAUCAAUCAGAACCUCAGCAAAGACCGCUAUCGAUUCAACGUGAAGGUUUGGGAUGGCCGUUUCUCCAGCGUAGCCUUGGUCACGGUGCUCGUGCGUCAAGCCAUCAACAGUGGCCUCUCCUUCACCGCCUCGUUCUACUCGGCCUCCGUUCGAGAGAACACAUGGAACGUGACCGCACUCGCCGUGGUGAACGCCGUGGGCCACGGCCUCAAUGAGCCGCUCAUGUUCUCGCUGCUUAAUCCUGGUGGGCUUUUCGCCAUACGGCCCACGUGCGGGGCGCUGCUCACAGCCGGGGUCCCCUUUGACCGUGAGGAGCGGGACAGUUACGAGCUGGUGGUGGAGGUCCGUAAAGAGGAUGAGGUACUUAAGGUGGCAAGGGUCACUGUCAGGGUGCAGAUUGAAGAUGACAACGACAACGCCCCUGAAUUUGUGAACCUACCCUACUAUGCCACAGUACAGGUGGAAUCAGAACCUGGGUUGUCUAUUUUCAGGGUGUUGUCCACUGACCGGGACUUGGGUGUGAACGGGCAGGUGACCUACGGCCUGAAAGAACCACACAGGAACUUCCAGGUGAAUCCUGUAACAGGGGAGUUGAUGUUAAAAACAGCGUUUGGGACGGACGUGUCUAACGCGGAGUACAAGGUGGUCAUCGUGGCGGCGGAUGGCGGCACCCCGUCCCUGUCUAGUGAGGUGGAGCUUCCAAUCACCGUGCUCAAUAAAGCCAUGCCGGUGUUUGACAAGCCCUUCUAUGGCGUCACGGUCCCAGAGGACGUGCCCGUGUCCACCUCACUCCUGAGCGUUAACGCCACCAGCAGGACAGGACAGGGCAUCAUCUUUACCAUUGCUGGUGGUGACCCUUCGCUCCAGUUCGACAUCGGCUUCGACACGGGCGUCAUCAGCGUGGUCUACCCGCUGGACUAUGAGACAACGCAGUACUACCGCCUCACCGCCAGGGCCACCGACACACUGACGGGCGCCAAGUCGGAGGUGGACGUGGAUGUUGUUGUGCUGGAUGUCAACGAUAACCCGCCGUUGUUCCAAAAGCCGUCGUACUCGGCCGUGCUGGCGGAGAACGCCAUGAUCGGAACCAGCGUCUUGCAGGUUUCCGCUCAGGACCAAGACUCCGAAAAGAACUCUGCAGUGAGCUACCAGAUCGUAUCCGACCUCUACAACAGUACCGACUACUUCCACAUCGAACGUGACAGCGGCCUGGUCUUGACGGCGCGCUUGCUUGACUACGAGCUCACGCAGCGCUUCAACUUCAUCAUCAGGGCAACAGACAGCGGCGAGUCCGCUCUCGGCAGCGACGUCAGCGUCACGGUGGCCGUCGCCGACACCAACGACAACCCCCCCAACUUCAGCCAGUCUCUUUAUGAGGCUUUCGUCAGCGAGCUCGCACCCCGGGGACACUUUGUCACCUGCGUCCAGGCGUCGGAUGCCGACAUUGGUGACGCCCAGAGGCUGAGGUACAGCAUCGUGUCCGGGAACGAGAGGAUGACGUUCAGCAUGGAGGAGGAAUCUGGCGUGCUGCGUCUGUCUAACAAGAGGCGACAAGGCAUGAAGCUCUCAUAUCAGCUCAACGUGUCCGUGUCAGAUGGCGUCUUCACCAACACGGCGCAGGUGGUGGUUCGAGUCCUGGGAGCCAACCUGUACAGUCCAGUAUUCAGCCAGAGGUUCUACUUAGCGGAGGUUAGAGAGAAUGCACCGCCAAGGUCAAAGGUUAUCCAGGUCCGUGCCACAGAUGAGGACUCCGGGCUGUUUGGCCAGAUCACCUACUCUUUCAUCAACGACUUUGGGAAACGUCACUUCACCAUCGAUGCUGAUGGAGUCAUCUCCACCCUGCAAAAGCUGGACCGAGAGAAUCCUCAGAACAUGGACAUUGUGCUGACUGUCAUGGCCCUGGACGGCGGAGGACGUGCCUCCUUUUGCACGGUGCGAGUGGUUCUGGCUGACGAGAAUGACAACGCGCCACGUUUCAGGGCAGUGGAGUACCGCAUGAGCAUCAAAGCCAACGUUGGUAAAGGAUCCCUGGUCACGCAAAUCCAGGCCACUGACCCCGAUGCCGGAGCUAACGGGAGGAUCAUCUACUCCCUCUACAGUGAGGCCCGCUUGUCGCUGGUUGACGUUCUGGAGGUGGAGUCAGACAGUGGCUGGAUGAUGACAAAGAGUAACGUGGACCACCUCCAGGGCACCGUGUUGUCCUUCUUUGUCAAAGCCACUGACUGCGGCUCACCGGCCAAACACUCACUGGUGUCAGCUUUCAUCCACGUCGUUCCUCCGGACGCGUACAUUCCCUCCUUCAGCCAGCCGCAGUACUCCUUCACCAUUCCCGAGGACACGGCGGUGGGAAUGGCACUGGGCUCCGUUUACAUGGGCCUCGGGCAGACCGGAUCCUUCACCUCUAUCGGGGGGGAGACGCCCGACAGCAACCACGGUGGGACCUUUCUGGUGGAGGGUGACACCGGCCUGAUCCGCCUCGUCAAGCCACUGGACUACGAACAGAUCAGCAUCUAUCGCUUCAAGGUUGCAGCCACGACCAGAAGGGACCUGAUCGAGUCCAUUACCAGCGUGGACCUCGAGGUCAAGGUCUUGGAUGUGAACGACAACAAUCCAGCGUUUGAGACUGAAGCCUAUGUUGCCACGGUGAUGGAGGGGAUGCCAGUCGGGACCAGAGUGGUACAAGUGCGAGCCCUGGACCCCGACUGGGGCUCCAAUGGACAAGUCACCUACAGUCUGGGGCCUCUCCUCACCAACAACCGGGACUUGACAAAAGACCUCCAACCCCUUGGAACCGUCACCACCAGUUCUGUGUUUGCAGUCGACAGCAAAACAGGCUGGAUCACCACCACCAGCCCCAUGGACCACGAGGCCUGCUCCAGCUACAGCUUCCAGGUGCUGGCCUCCGACCUGGGGGAGUCACGCUCCCUUUCUUCCACCACCGUGGUCACCAUCACCGUGUCCGACGUCAACGACAACCCGCCGCACUUUGAGAGGCAGCUGUACCGUGGGGCCGUCAAGGAGAGCGACCCCCUCGGCGAGGUUGUUGCGGUGCUGAAGACCAGAGAUCAAGACGGGGCGGAUCAGAACCGCCUAGUCAGCUUUUACAUCACUGGAGGGAACCCGCGGGGCGUCUUCGGCCUAGCGCUGGUGCAGGGCGAGUGGAAGGUGUACGUCAGCGGGCUGCUGGACCGUGAGCAGCAGGACUGGUACCUGCUCAAUAUCACUGCCAGCGACGGGCUGUACGUGGCCCGCACCGCCGUGGAGGUGACUGUCAUGGACGCCAACGACAACAGUCCCGUCUGCAACCAGGCCGUGUACAGCACCUCCUUUCCCGAGGACAUCGCCCCUAACAAGGGUGUCCUGACCGUGGGAGCGACAGAUGCUGACUCAGGCUCCAGUGCUGAGAUCCAAUAUUCACUUUUUGGCAUCGGCGUGGAAGACUUCUACAUGGACGCUAAUACUGGUGAGCUGCGCACGGCGGCGCCCAUGGACCGUGAAACCACACCCACCUACAAACUCAUCGCCCAGGCCACGGAUGGAGGUGGGCUCUUCUGCCGCUCUGACGUCUCCCUCAAGGUCCUGGACGUAAACGACAACGCGCCCUUGUUUGCGUCCUUGCACUACGUGGCAAGCGUUUACGAGAACGCCGUCCCCAACACUCUCCUCACGCGGCUGCAGGCCAGCGACCCUGAUGAAGGCCUCAACCGGACUGUGGCGUACUCUCUGGUGGACUCAGCCAACGGCUUCUUCUCCAUUGAUCCAGUUUCAGGGGUGGUGGUUCUAGAGAGAACCCUGGACAGAGAGAGCCAGGACUCCUAUCGGCUACGCGUCCGCGCCAGUGACCAAGCUGGGCAGCAGGGGGCGCUGUUCUCUCAGGUGGACUUGACUGUGCUGGUCCUGGACGUAAACGACAAUGCACCGGUAUUCCAGAGGCGUGAUUACGCCGUGACCGUCCCUGAGGACGUGGCCGUGGGCGCUGAGGUCCUCCGAGUGCUGGCGACCAGCGCCGACAUCGGUCCCAACGCCGAAAUCACCUACAGGAUCCGCUCUGGCAAUGAGUUGGAAAAGUUCUCCAUCGACAGAAUCCUCGGAUCCAUCUCUGUGGCUGAUGAUUUGGACUUUGAGGUGUGCAAGGACUACUAUCUGACAGUGGAGGCCUGGGAUGGCGGGAGCCCUCCACUUAGUGCCGCCACCAUGGUUACCAUCGAGCUUAUGGACGUCAACGACAACACCCCAGCAUUCAGUCAGGACGUCUACAACGUCCUGGUGGGCGAGGAUGCGCCGGUUGGACAGUCAAUAACGAAGGUGCUAGCGGAGGAUCUGGACAGCCAAGUUAAUGGACGCAUCACCUACUCCAUCCUGAGAGGCGACCGUACUAACCACUUCUGGAUCGACCCGGUGACGGGGCUCCUCAAAGUCAAUAAGCGUCUGGACAGGGAGCUGGUGUCCCGGUACACUCUGUCAGUGCAGGCCUUUGACAGCGGCUCGCCCGCCAUGUCCUCUACUGUCACCAUCAACGUUGACAUUGCUGAUGUCAAUGACAACCCGCCCGUCUUCACCCCGCCCAACUCCACGGCCGUCGUCCAGCUGAGCCAGGCCUCAGGCAGUGUCCUGCUCAAGCUGUCUGUUAGCGACAAAGACUCCACCAGGAAUGGCCCCCCCUUUGAGUUUCGCCUCAUUUCUGGUAACGAGGGAGGUUUCUUCACCUUAGACCAGACGGGAACGCUGAGGUCUGAGCGUGUUUUUGGGCCUGAAUCCCCCCGGGAGUUCACCCUAGAGGUCCAGGCCAGCGACUCUGGCAGACCCCCGCUUGUCUCCUCGUCCUGGAUCUUUAUACGCGUGAUUGGGAACAGUCAGUAUAAGCCGGCUGUCUCUUCCUUGGAGAUCAUCAUAGUCACAGCAACGGACACCUUCCAGGGCGGCCUGAUCGGUCGCAUACACGCCACAGACCGCGACCCCAACGAUGCGCUGUCCUUUACCCAGAAGCCUCAAUCCAAAAGCAUGUUUAGCAUCAACAGACAGGACGGCAGAGUUUCGGCUUUGCCAGGCUUAGAACCGGGAAGGUACCAGAUAAAUGCCACAGUCAGCGAUGGGCGCUUUGCAGUGAUUGCGGAUGUUUCGAUCCAAGUGGAACAGGUGACGGACGUUCUGCUGCGUAGUGCUGUCACCUUGAGGUUCAGCUCCUUGUCCCCUGAAGACCUGCUGGGAAACUACCUCAGCCAGAUCAAACUCACCGUGCGUGCGCUAGCGGGCUGGAAAUGGUCACCGGGACAGCAGGAUCCACUUCACAUCCUUGGUGUUCAGCCAGUGGAAGGCAAAUCUGACGUGGACCUCCUCGUGGCUAUUGAGCGGCCCGAGACAGCCCGCGCCAUACGAACAGGAGGGUUCUACUCUGAAUCGGAGGUGGCUGCAAAGCUGGCAGAGGGGCAACUCCGGGGGGUCCUGGCAGGGGCCAUAGUGGUGGGCAGUGUCUGCUCUGGCGAGCUGGCGUGUGGAGACAAUGUAUGCGAGCAGGUGAUGGUGAUGGAGACUGGCUCACUGGUCGCUUACAGCACGGAACGGGUCAGCUUGGUGGCACCACGGUUCAGACGGACUGAGACAUGCACCUGUCCAGGAGGGUCAUGCUCUGCCCCUGUGGAGCUGUGUGAAGGUCAGUCCUGUCCUGUAGAUAUGCAGUGUGUUCGCUCUGGCCCGAUGGCGCCCUCUGUCUGCCAGUGUCUACCUGAGCACUUGGACGCGUGUGCCGGUCAAACGUCGCUGAGUUUUUCGGGCAACAGCUACAUCAAGUACAAAGUGACGGAGACUGUUCAUAGCGGCGAGAUGAAGCUCAGCCUGAAGGUCCGCACACUGCAGACGAGAGGGGUCAUCAUGUUCACCAGGGUCAACCCCUGCACCAUGCUCAAGAUCGAAGGGGGUCGCCUGUGGUUCCAACUGGACUGUGACAACACGCUGGGCAUCAUGGGAAUCUCUGGGAGACAAAUAAAUGACGGCUCGUGGCACGCCGUUGCCUUGGAGCUGACACGGAAUUACACCUUGCUCUCGCUGGACGACAGCUACGUGGAGCGGCGGCGUGCGGCCAGAGCACCUGUCCGACUCUGGCCCGUAGCCCCGGAAUCGUCCUUUUUCUUCGGUGCGCAGGUGAGGCCGCCUGCUGGUGGGCAAGGUGAGCGGCCAGGCCCUGAGGCGGCGGGGGCACCGAGAGCCCAGGAUGGCUUCCAAGGCUGCCUGAGCUCACUGAUGCUUAACGGCAAGGAGUUGCCUCUCCAGAACAAGCGGAGCCGCUACGCUCAAAUAGCUGGGCUCAGUGAGGUCAAGGUGGGCUGUGUGCUCUACCCGGACACCUGUGUCGGCACGCCCUGCCUCAACGGAGCCAUGUGCAGCAGUCUGCCCUAUGGAGGUUUUGCAUGCACUUGCAGCUCUGGCUUCACUGGGGGGCGCUGUGAGUUCCAAGUUACGCCCUGCAACCCCAGUCCUUGCCAGAACGGGGGCAACUGCCAGGCUUUGGGCAGCGGGUUCGUAUGUGGCUGCCCCCCGGGACUGGGGGGUCUCAUAUGCGACGAGGACGUGGACGAGUGCGACCUGGCCGACUGUUACAAUGGCGGCGAAUGCGUCAACACGCUGGGGUCGUUCUACUGCAACUGCACGCCGGGCUUUGAGGGACAGUUCUGCGGCGACGAGGGCGACGGCGAUCUGGGCGACGACAUGCAGGCAGAGCCUCUGUCAUACAUCGGGCCCGGCGAGAUCAUCGGCAUCGGCGUCCUCGCCUUCGUCAUCGUCCUCCUCCUCAUCCUCUUCAUUAUCUUCAGGAAAAAGAUCCAGUUCAGGAAGGACUCGUCGGCGGGGGUGUGCCCCCCAGACGGUGUGAUGGGUGUGUCAGCCAUCACGGAGACCAGCUACAUGCUGCACAAGACGGGUAUGGGUGCCGAGGGCAUCGAGUUCAAGGCGGUACGUGUGUCGGGUUCGCCGGGGAAGACGAGCGCCAGCGGCGAGGUGGGCCCCCCGCAGGUCAUAGUGCGGCCCAACGCCCACUCCCCUCUGCUGGGGGGACACCAGAGCAGAGAGGAGGAUGAGAGUGAAGGCAGUCGGUUGAGCAGCUUCCUUGCCGACAUGUCCAACAUUAGAGCCAACAGGAAGGGCGUGGCCGUGUGCAGCGUGGCCCCCAACAUGCCCCCGCCCUGCCGACCUGAGCACAGUCCCAUCCACAAGGUGUCUUGGGAGGGCGGGGAUGCCAAGGAGCGGGCAGUCGAGAGGCGGCGAGACGGGCGGGAGGACGAGUGGCGGCAGAGGGCCUUUGAGAUGGAGAGGACGGAUGAGAGCCACGGCGCCCCGCAGGGUGAGGCGUCGCGCCUGGAGAACGACGCAGUCGCUCUCUCGUCAGACUCCACGUCUGAGGAUCUCAGCUCGUACACGUCAGAGUCCUUUGACGACAAUGCCUCCAUAGUGACAGUCAUACGUCUGGUCAACGACACGGUCGACCACAUUGAAAGUGAGGUGUCCAACAUGGACAAGGAGCAGUGGCAGCACAGUCCUGCCUACCAAUGGGACUCCUCCCGCCAGACCUCCGGUUGGUUCUCGCCGUCCCGUCUACGUCUGCCGGAGGUGGGCUCCCAUUACAACCUGAGCGAUACCCAGCAGAGCAUUAGGCGGGGGGACAGCACCCGCUCCCUGCAGCUGGACUACCGGACCCCUGUCCCGAGUGCCGAGAGAAGCCGAGAGCCAGGUCAGGAGAUUGGGAGGAGGGCCUUCCAGUGGGAGAAGAACCAGUCGGGGGAAUGGCAGAGGAAGAGGUGGCAAGAAGGCGAGGGCUGGAAUCGGAGCAGGGAUGCUGGGGCUCGGCAGGACCGGAGGGGCAGCUGCUCCUCGCCGGUCUACGAGGAAUACCGAGAGCCCAGACGGGAUUCGGAGCAGAGCGAAGACUCGGAGGGCCUUUAUGACACUCUGCCCCCGUCACGAGAAGCCUAUGAGGGAUACCCGUCAAGCCCAGCCGGCCUAAGUUUGCACCCGGCCCAGCUUUUACCCCCUCUUAGGGCGUGGGACUUAAAUGCCGGGGAGAACUGGCAGGGGUCCAGAGAGGGGAGUGGAGGCAGUCUGGGCUCCAGCAAUGUGACGGGUUCUGGGGAUGAGCUGGAGAGACUGUUGAACCUGGUGUCGCUACGAGCUAGGAGGGCCUCACGGACCAACAGAACCUCCACGGGGUCAGAGCCAGCGGCGGGCUGGGAUGGAUUUAAAUGAACUUCCAUAAAUGACAGCAAGGGGGGGGACCUUGAGUCAGCAUCUUUAAAUAUGCGCCUGAGAUGGAUGACUUUAGCGUAUAAAUGUAAACAUCUCGAACAUAUGGUGAUGAGUCCACAGUCAUAUCCUGCAGGAAGCCACUGCUAAUGCCAAUCAAUCCUUGGCUCAAUCUGUGAUGCACAUACUCGUGCCCGCCAACACCUGAAGAACAUCCGACUGCAGCAGCGUACCCCCACCCCCGUCUCAGAAAAACCCACCACAGACAUGGCAUGAUGAGCCUCGUUAGCGGCGCUUGUUUUGUCAGGAUAGAAGUUCUGGGCCUCAUCCCGCACGUUGCCUCGGAGAUGUUAUUAAGAUUAGCUCCUACGCCGGGGAGGAGUGGCGGGGAGGGGAGCGGGGGGUAUCUUUGUUUAAUCAUUUCAUUACUCUGCAAUUAUUUAUUUCAUAACGAUGGAGGUCGUAUGGCGGCCGAGCAGCACAAGCAUCAAAGCAGCAGUUGUCCGAAUGAUAAUUCAAUAAGACACUUUGAAGACUACACACACACACACACACACACACCCUGUAAUUUCACUCCACUACUCGUUAGGUGUCUUCUUUUAUCAAUAUGAAUAAAUUGUGGACAUGGUGGAACCUGUGUUUGUCAUCCCUGGCUGUUCAGACUAGACCUCCACCAAGGCUUCCUAAUUUGGAUUAGCAGCAACAUCGCUAAGCCCUCAAAGGGUCCCACUGUUAGGAUUGACUGGAGUUACUUCUUGUUGCUUUUC